AUGGACGAGCUAGCUAAAUUAGAGCAUCUUUCUCUCGUAUCUAAAGUGUGCACCGAAUUGGAUAAUCAUUUGGGAAUAAAUGAUAAAGAUUUGGCGGAAUUUAUUAUUGAUCUAGCAGACAAAAAUCCAAAUUUCGACAGUUUUAAAAAAGCCCUUAUAGAGAAUGGUGCGGAAUUUUCAGACUCUUUUAUGACAAAUUUGCUAAGAAUUAUUCAACAUAUGAAGCCAGCAAAUAAACAGACUGAUGUGGAUGGGAAUAAUGAAAAUAUUAAAACUUCUAAUCCAUUAGCUGCAAAGUUUCCUGGGUUAGCUAUACCUAAUAAAAAAACAGUUUUUUCUUCUGAAGAUGAGAGUGACAGUGAUGAAAAGACAAAAAAAGGUAUUUUAAAAAAAGAAGAGACCAAAGUAAAAGAUGAAGUAGUUGACCAGGCUAUGGCUGAGUUAGAAGCCUUAGCACCAUCAAAUAUAAGAACUGAUGCUAGUUAUGACAGUCAUAACAAAGAACAUAAGGAUGAAAAAAGUGCUUAUAAAUCUGAGAGAAAGAGCAGGCGCGAUAGAAGUAGGGAUAAAUGUAGCAGAAGUAAAGAUCGUAGAAGUAGAGAUAGAGAAAGAAGCAGGGAUCAGGAUAGAAGUAGAGAUAGGGAUAGAUAUAGGGAUCGGGAAAGGGGUAGAGACAGAAGCAGAGGAAGAAGAAAACGUUCCCAUAGUAGAACAAGGGACAGAUCUCGGGAGAAACACCGGCGAUCUACAUCUAGGGGGAGAAGAUCAAGUUCAAGAACUUAUGACAGAGAUUCCAGAAGGCACAGGGAUUAUGGUAAAAAACCAAGAAAGAGAAGUCCAGAAAUUGAAUUGAGUGAUGAUCCUGAGCCUGGUAAGAUUUACAGUGGCAGGGUUGCAAAUAUAGUACCAUUUGGCUGUUUUGUACAAAUGGAAGGUUUGAAGAAGAGAUGGGAAGGGCUUGUGCAUAUUUCACAGUUAAGAACUGAAGGAAGGGUAACAAAUGUUUCAGAUGUUGUCUCCAGGGGUGACAAAGUCAAGGUAAAAGUGCUGUCUGUAACUGGUCAGAAAGUAUCACUCACUAUGAAAGAUGUGUGUCAAGAUACAGGAAAAGAUUUAAAUCCUGCUUCUCAUGCGCAUUUAGAGGCGGAGCGGGAAGGGCGCAAUCCCGAUAGGCCCCCACCAGCCGCCACUGUACUGGCUGGGCUUCAAGGCAAUCUAGACCCAGAUGAGGAUUCCAGCCGUAAAAGGGUCACAAGAAUUUCUAGUCCGGAACGUUGGGAAAUCAAACAGAUGAUAUCAUCCGGUGUAAUAGACAAAAGUGAGCUACCAGACUUUGAUGAAGAGACUGGCUUACUACCUAAGGACGAAGAUGGCGAAGCAGAUAUAGAAAUAGAAUUAGUAGAAGACGAACCACCUUUCCUCCAAGGUCACGGGCGAGCUUUGCAUGAUCUAUCACCAGUAAGAAUAGUUAAGAAUCCAGAUGGGUCUCUUGCGCAGGCUGCGAUGAUGCAGUCUGCUCUGGCUAAAGAGAGAAGGGAACAGAAAAUGUUACAAAGGGAACAAGAAAUGGAGAGCCUACCAACUGGGCUGAAUAAGAACUGGAUAGAUCCACUUCCAGAGACGGAUGGGUGGGCUCUUGCUGCCAACGUAAGAGGGACAGGUAUAACCACACAAGACUUACCGGAAUGGAAGAAGCAUGUUAUAGGAGGCAAGAAGUCUUCAUUUGGAAAGAAAACGAAUCUCUCGCUUUUGGAACAAAGGCAAUCGCUCCCUAUCUAUAAACUAAGGGAUGAAUUGAUAAAGGCGAUAUCUGACAACCAAAUCCUUAUAGUCAUUGGUGAAACAGGAUCAGGGAAAACAACACAAAUCACUCAAUAUGUAGCCGAAUGUGGGCUGACAGCCAGGGGCAGGGUGGCCUGCACACAGCCUAGACGUGUGGCCGCUAUGUCUGUAGCCAAAAGGGUGGCUGAAGAAUUCGGUUGCAGAUUGGGACAGGAAGUAGGCUAUACUAUCCGUUUUGAAGAUUGCACUUCACCAGAAACAGUUAUUAAAUACAUGACAGACGGUAUGUUGCUCCGCGAGUGUUUAAUGGAUUUGGAUCUCAAGACCUACUCCGUGAUAAUGUUAGACGAGGCCCACGAACGGACGAUACACACCGACGUCCUCUUCGGGUUACUGAAGCAAGCGGUGCAGAAACGCCCCGAGCUCAAACUCAUAGUUACUUCCGCUACAUUAGACGCUGUUAAAUUCUCUCAGUACUUCUUCGCCGCCCCCAUAUUCACGAUCCCAGGUAGAACGUUCCCCGUAGAAGUGCUGUACACUAAGGAACCCGAAACGGAUUACUUAGACGCUUCUCUUAUAACUGUGAUGCAAAUCCACCUCAGGGAACCGCCUGGAGACAUCCUCCUAUUCCUUACGGGACAAGAAGAGAUUGACACGGCAUGUGAAAUUUUGUAUGAGCGGAUGAAGUCGCUAGGACCAGAUGUACCAGAACUGAUAAUUCUGCCUGUGUAUUCUGCUCUACCUUCGGAGAUGCAGACGCGUAUCUUCGAGCCUGCCCCGCCAGGAUCCCGAAAGGUGGUCAUAGCGACGAAUAUCGCUGAGACCUCGUUAACAAUAGAUGGUAUUUAUUAUGUGGUGGAUCCUGGAUUUGUUAAACAGAAGGUGUAUAAUUCCAAGACAGGAAUGGAUUCUCUUGUUGUAACCCCUAUUUCUCAGGCAGCCGCAAAACAGAGGGCGGGUCGAGCUGGGCGUACAGGACCCGGUAAAUGCUACAGACUGUAUACAGAACGCGCAUACCGAGAUGAGAUGUUGCCUACGCCGGUACCAGAAAUUCAGAGGACAAACCUUGCUACCACAGUGCUGCAGCUAAAAACAAUGGGUAUAAACGAUUUAUUGCACUUCGACUUCAUGGAUGCACCACCUGUGGAGUCGCUCAUCAUGGCACUGGAACAGCUACAUUCUCUUUCUGCCCUGGACUCAGAAGGAUUGUUAACAAGGCUCGGUCGGAGGAUGGCAGAAUUUCCACUUGAACCAAACCUUUCGAAAAUUUUAAUAAUGUCAGUUGCUCUACAAUGUUCUGAUGAAAUUCUAACUGUUGUCUCGAUGCUUAGUGUCCAAAACGUAUUCUACCGACCGAAGGACAAACAAGCUCUUGCUGAUCAAAAAAAAGGCCAAGUUCAACCAACCGGAAGGGGACCACUUAACAUUACUUGCAGUGUACAAUAG